CCCCAUGCUUUUAAUCUAGAUGAAAUAAUCAUUCACCCAAAGAAAAUGUCAUCUAAUUUUUAGUGGUUUCUAUCAUUUUUUUUUUCUGUUUAACUUUAUUUGGUGGGGGAAGGGUUGUAUUUGAGUGGCUGCACGUAGCUGGUGGAUUUUACGGCAAUCGGCUUUCAAAGAGGAACAUUUUUUAUUCUCGGGAAGACAGCAUGGGAGGAUGGCGUUCCAAACCUGAACCCAACAAUGGGUGGGGCCCUCCAUCGUUUACCUCCCCUGGCUCCUUGGACAGGGUGGGGCACCUGGGGACAUCUGAGCUGGAAAGACCCAGGAGCCAUGGCAGAGACACUAAGCCCCUUUGUGCUCUCUCAUCUCUCUCAGACAGACAAAGUGCCAGCACAGCGGCCCCGACAAUUGCCUCUGCCCCCCGCUUCCUGGAACACACCAACAUACAGCAUUUGGUCUUAGCCUUUUUCGCGGGGGUCCUACUGACAAUGCUGCUGCUGGUCCUUAUCUUCCUCAUCAGAAAGAGCUACAGGAAAUGUCACUCCAGUCCCUGGGCCCUGAAUCCUCCCUUAGACCCUCACUCCAGCCGAGAUCCUCCGGCCAAGCUUUCAUCCCCGGAGGAAGCACUUACCUAUGCGAGCGUAGCUUUCAAAAUCUCAGAAGAAAAGAGUGAUCCCCUGACCAAGAAGCAUUCUGAACCCUUGGACCCAGUUGUAUAUGCUCCAAUCAAAGUGACAGACUCUCCCUGCCUUUCCAAUGAGGCUUGAUGCCAGUCCCUCUUAUUCUCGGCUCCAUCUUUAUAUAUCACUUUCCCUUAGGACAAAUUCUGGACCACAGCGUGGCCAAACUAGAGUUGGAGCUGUUUGGGUGGGAUCUGGAAAUGUUAGCCAGCAAUUGUGAAGACCGAGGGGGAGUCCUUCUCUUGGCCUGAGAAGAGACUGCCUGCCCUCCUGCUUGGACGGACAGCCUGCUAGCCCUUUGAGGGCUGAGACAGCCUCCCCGGUCCCCUUCCAAAGUGUGUGGUACAGAGCCCAGCACACAGAGUGUUCAGUCAGUGCCACUGACCAACUUGGGAGAAGUCAGCCAAAUGGGCAAGUUAGCAAGAUUUACAAAUAAAAGCAACCCCUCUUGCAA